AUGUCCGUUGUUACACUACAGUUGGGCCAGUGUGGGAAUCAGAUAGGCAGUGAACUGUUCGAUUUUUUGAUAGAGGAUGCAACAAAGCUGAAUUCUCAGUUCAUUUCGAAGAGCGUAGACCGCAAAGUGAUCCAAGAUUAUGAAGAAGAAGUGGUAGAAAGGUUCUUUACUCGUGACAAGACGGGAACUUUAUUGAAUGCACGUGCAGUCAUGAUCGAUAUGGAAUCCAAAGUAAUAUCUCAAACAUUAACAGAGGCCAGAAAGACUGGUAAAUGGACUUAUCCCACAGGGCAGCAAUUUUGCCAGAAACGCGGUUCAGGAAAUAACUGGGCGCACGGCUUUUUGGAACAUGGGCCAAAAUCAGCAGAUAAAGUGCUGGAAAUUGUACAGAAAGAGGUCGAAAAAUGCGACAGAUUUGGCGGAUUUCUGAUCUUGCUUAGCUUAGCUGGUGGAACUGGUUCUGGUGUUGGAGCUUAUGUUACUGGUUGCCUUCGUGAUGAGUUUCGACAUUCGUUUAUACUGAACCAAGUCGUCUGGCCUUAUGGAACCGGAGAAGUGAUAGUGCAAAAUUACAACGCUAUUUUGACGCUGUCUCAUUUGUAUAAGUGCUCAGACGGUGUAAUCAUACUCGAGAACGACAAGCUACAAAGUAUAUGCUCGAGGUUAAUGAACUUAAAACACAUCUCUUUCAAGGAUAUAAACAAGGUGAUUUCACAUAAACUUGCAAGUGUAUUGCAGCCAGUGAAGCUGUUUUCUCCGGGACAGGACGCUGCUUACUACAAACAAGCAAUCUCAGUAACUAAUCUUCUUGGAGAUCUGAUUGAGCAAGUUUGUCCUCAUCCUGAAUAUAAACUGAUGACAUUGAAGAACAUUCCUCAAAUGGCUGAAAAGUCCCUAGCCUUCAGUACCUACACCUGGUCAGGACUAUUGAAACAUCUGCGUCAAAUGCUUAUAGCUGAUGCCAGCAUGGAGGAAGGUAUACAUGAUCUCUGAGAUAGGAAGUAGAAAGUUUACCCAGUGAUCUAUACCCAGAUGGGGGUGCACUUAAAAAACUAACAUCCUGAAAUAUUUUUUUGCUGAAAAAAUUUGUUAGUACCACAGAUGUAGACCACUCAUUGCCAAGCUUAACAUCCUUGUAAAGCAGAGCCGUAGCUAGGUUUUUUGGAAUGGGGGGGGGGGGGGGGGGUGGGGGGGAGGGAGGGGGCAGGGGGGGACGGGGGGGGGGAGUGGGGGGGGGGGACAGAUGGGCAGGUGCCGAGGGCAGGAGCCAUGGGGGGGGGGCUGGGGGUAUCUUCCCUAGAAAAUUUUCCAAUUUGGAGGCUCCGAAACGCUAUUGUCAGCACUUGUCAUGAGAUAUGUCUCUGAAAAAUUGACCUUGAAUAUGAAAAUGGCAAACAAUUGCAAGUCACUAUAAUAAAAAUAACUGAGUCUAAAGAAAAGAAUUCCAACCACAGACUUGAUGUGUCUGGCUCAACAGGUCCGGGGGGAGCAGGUACCCCACUCGCUCCCCCGCUAGCUAUGGCUUUGUAAAGGCUUCUGGUUAAAAAAUAAACCCUGUUCAAGACACUGAGUAGUGAAAUUGCAUACCCUCUUUAAGACUCAAGCCCCUAUUAAUCAUAUCCUGUUCAACGGCAUAUACCACUUUAGAGAGAGAUAGAGGUUUUUUUAUCGCUUUGGGGGCAACAAAAUUGGGCGUUGAAGUCGCAAAGUGUGUUUUGUUACAGAAACAGAAAUUUGUGCCAUAUCCAUUUAUUGUUGUUCGUGAUUUCUUGUGUUUGUUUUUACUUUCCCUCAUUUUGGCAGGCAUUGACUGGGAAGUGAAGUUACCUGUGCCAUCCAACCCUGAUGGUGCUGAUUUUCAUCUCAGACCCGGUGAACCGCCACGAUUGAGAGAAAAAUUCAAUAAAUCCAUUGCUAACCUCUUGGUAUUACGAGGAGUGGAUGUUCAUAAGUCUGAUCUGACUUCUUUUAAUGAUCCUAGACUUCAUGCGAACUGGGUGCCAUCAAGUUGUGCUAGCACAAUAUGGUGCCAUCCAAGGCCAUUUAACCAUUAUGAUAAGUCAGUGACAUUGCUUAGCAACAGCCAAACCCCUGUGGCUCCCUUAAACUCUGUGGUUCAGAAAGCUUGGAACAUGUUCACUUCACGGGCUUAUGUCCACCAGUAUUUAAAGUAUGGAAUGACAGAGGAUCGUUUUGUCGACAGUUUUGCAGCUACUGAGCAAAUCAUAAGAAACUACUCUUCACUGUAA